GGUUACGCCUGGUGGCAGCUGUCGGGGUCUGGGGCUCACGCGGGGGCCAUUUUGCCAAAGGCUGCUACCGAGAGUUGCAGGCGGCCUGUCAGCAGACCGAAGCUGUUCCUUUUCGUCCUGUGCAGCUUGGGACUUGAAGAGGAACUGAAAGGUUGGGCUUCCUUCAGCCCUUUGGAGACGGCAAUGGUUUCCUCCAGCCACCGCUACCUGACGACCCUCCAUGGCGGCUGCGCGGUCCGAGCUGCUUUUACUGCCGCCCCUUUCAACCCCUUGUGCCUAUCGCCUCCAGCGAGGCAGUCGUCCUUCCGCCCCACAGACUGAUGAUAGUCGAGUAGGGGGCACCAUGCGAGGAGAGAAAAACUACCACUGCCGUGGAGCUGCCGGGAACCACGAUUCCUGUCCCCCUACACUUUCGCCUCUGGCCUCGACCCUCUUGCUACCCGCGGAGGCAGUGUCAAGUAGUUGGUCUGGGCCUGGAGGCGGUUUGUCGGGAGGAGAUGAAGAAGAGACUCGGCUCCUUCAACUCUUGCGAACCGCACCGGAUCCCUCCGAGGCCUUCCAGGCUUUGCAGGCUGCUUUGCCGCGGCGGGGUGGUCGACUUGGCUUCCCUCGACGCAAAGAAGCAUUGUAUCGGGCCUUAGGCCGAGUGCUUGUGGAAGGAGGGAGUGAUGAGAAGCGACUUUGCUUGCAUCUUCUCUCAGACGUUCUCCGGGGUCAGGGGGAGGCAGGCCCGCUGGAAGAGGCCUUUAGUUUAGCACUUUUGCCUCAACUAGUUGUCUCCUUAGGAGAAGAGAACCCAGCCCUGCGGAAAGAUGCGCUGCAGAUUCUGCACGUGUGUUUGAAACGUAGUUCUGGACAGGUGCUUAGGACGCUUAUACAACAAGGUCUGGAAAGUACUGAUGCCCGGCUUAGAGCUUCCACAGCACUACUGCUCCCUAUCUUGCUUACUCCUGAGGAUUUAUUGCUUGGCUUAGAUCUCACCGAGGUGAUAAUAUCUCUAGCCCGGAAGCUUGGCGAUCAGGAAAUAGAAGAAGAAUCUGAGACAUCUUUCUCUGCACUUCAACAAAUUGGGGAGCGUCUUGGCCAAGAGAGGUUUAGAUCCUAUAUCUCUCGCCUGCCUUCUGCCCUGAGGAGGCACUACAAUCGCCGCCUAGAGACCCAGUUUGGAAGUCAGAUUCCUUAUUAUUUGGAACUAGAAGCUUGUGGAUUUCCUGAAGAUACUGUCCCCUGUGCAGUGACUCUUUCCAAUAGCAAUCUUAAAUUUGGGAUUAUUCCUCAGGAGCUGCAUGCAAGAUUAUUGGAUCAGGAAGACUAUAAGAACCGGACUCAGGCAGUUGAAGAACUAAAACAGGUGCUAGGAAAAUUUAACCCUAGUUCUACCCCUCAUUCUAGUCUUGUUGGCUUCAUUAGCCUAUUGUAUAAUUUAUUAGACGAUUCUAACUUCAAAGUGGUCCAUGGCACACUUCAGGUUCUGCAUUUACUGGUUAUUCGCCUUGGAGAGCAGAUACAACAAUUCUUGGGACCAGUUAUAGCAGCUUCUGUCAAAGUGCUGGCAGACAACAAGUUGGUGAUCAAACAUGAAUACAUGAAAAUCUUCCUUAAACUAAUGAAGGAAGUAGGUCCUCAACAGGUGCUUUGUUUACUGCUGGAACAUCUUAAACAUAAACAUUCCAGAGUAAGGGAGGAGGUUGUGAACAUUUGCAUCUGCUCCCUCCUGACCUAUCCCAGUGAGGACUUCGACUUACCCAAACUGUCUUUUGAUCUUGCCCCAGCUCUUGUAGAUAGCAAACGCAGGGUACGCCAAGCAGCACUAGAAGCUUUUGCAGUGUUGGCCUCAUCAAUGGGCUCAGGUAAAACCAGCAUCCUUUUUAAAGCUGUUGAUACUGUUGAAAUGCAAGAUAAUGGAGAUGGAGUGAUGAAUGCUGUGCAGGCCAGAUUGGCUAGAAAAACCCUACCAAGGCUAACAGAACAAGGAUUUGUAGAGUAUGCAAUACUCAUGCCAUCUUCUGCCCAGGGUAGGUCAAGCCAUUUAGCACAUGGAGCAGAUACAGACUGGCUUUUGGCUGGUAACAGAACUCAGAGUGCGCAUUGCUACUGUGGUGACCACAGAGGGGACAGCAUGCAGAUGUAUGGAUCUUACAGUCCAACUAUCUGUACCCGAAGGGUAUUAAGUGCAGGAAAAGGAAAAAAUAAAUUGCCAUGGGAAAAUGAGCAGCUUGGAGUCUUGGGAGAAAGUCAGACCUCCAGUUCCAAGGAUACAGAGCAGUUUUCAGCCUAUGAUCUCAUCCCAUCACCAAAAUUAAAGCCCUCUCAAGUUAUGCCAGUCAAUGAUGAUUUAUGUUUUAGCAGAAAAAGAGUAUCAAGAAAUUUAUUUCAGAAUAAUCAAGAUUUUAACACAGAUUCUCUUCCUGUAUGUGCUACUGGUACUACUGGAACUCAUCAGACAAAUCUUCCUGGGAAAUGUGGACAACUUGGAUUUUCACAGAUAUGUGGUAAAACUGGCAGUGUGGAUUCUGACUUACAAUUCCUGGGGACAACUAACACUCAUCAAGAUAAGGUACAUGGUAGCCUACGUUUUGCCAGUAAGACACAGCAAACGUUUGGUAGUCAAACAGAGCACACUUCUUCAUACUCUGGUUCAGAUCCAAGUCCAGGAGCCUUCAUCCUCCCAUCCUAUCCUCUCUCAUCACCUCGAACUAGUCCAAAGCACAGUUCUCCUCUUACCGUAUCUCCAAAGAAGCCUCAGGAUAAUUCCAUUAAUUUCUCAAAUUCCUGGCCUCUUAAAAGCUUUGAAGGACUGUCAAAGCCAACUCCACAGAAAAAGCUUGUCAGCCAAAAAUCAUCUGACCCUACAGGAGAAAAUUCUCAAGAAAAACCUACUCCAGUUCAACUUACACCUGCCCUGGUGAGAUCACCAUCUUCCCGAAGAGGCCUAAAUGGAGCAAAGCCUGUACCUCCCAUACCAAGGGGAAUAAGCCUUUUGCCUGAUAAAACUGCUUUAAGCACAGUGGGUCCCAAAAAGAAAGAGCCUGAUGAUAUUUGGAAGAGUGAAAAAGACAGUCUUACGAUUGAUCUUUCAGAAUUAAAUUUCAAGGAUAAAGAUUUGGAUCAAGAAGAGAUGCAGAGCUCCCUCAGAUCCCUUCGUAAUAGUGCGGCUAAGAAAAGAGCAAAGCUGAGUGGCAGUACUUCUGAUAUUGAAAGUCCUGAUUCUGCAAUGAAACUUGAUUUGACCAUGGACUCCCCAUCUCGCUCUUCCUCUCCAAACAUCAGCUCUUACAGUGAAAGUGGAGUUUACAGCCAAGAAUCACUGACUUCUUCUCUGUCUACAACUCCUCAGGGGAAGAGAAUAAUAUCAGAUAUAUUUCCAACAUUUGGAUCAAAACCUUGCUCAACGAGAUUUUCUUCUGCAAAGAAUAAAAACUCUCACAUUUCUGAACAAAGCCCCAGUGCAGGGACUAUAACAUCCAAUGUAAGCAUAAUUGGUCAACCAACAUCCAAUGUAAGCAUAAUUGGUCAACGUAUGAACUAUGGGUUUGGAUGUGGUGAUUUUGAAGAUGAUAGAUCACAUGAAAUUUUACCUAGUGCUUUAAAAAUACAAAAUAAGGAACACCCAAGACAUUAUAAGCAUACAAAAGGAUUUACAAGAUCAUCACAUUCACAGCAAAUUUCCAGUUUUGACUUCAUAUCCACAAAUACCUUAUCAGAAGACUCAGUAGUAGUUGUUGGAAAAGGUGUAUUCGGAAGUCCAAAUUCAGCACCAACAUCUGGCAACCAACCAGUGAUAUCAUCUGUGGGAAAUGAGAGUACAUUUUCAAUUAAACAAAGUAUUGAACCACCAUCAGGGAUUUAUGGAAGAGCAGUCCAACAAAGUAUUCCAUCGUAUCUUGAUGUUGAAAAUGACAAAGAUACUAAAGUUUCUAUUUCAAAAUCUACUUAUGACAAGAUGAGACAAAAGAGAAAAGAAGAAAAAGAACUUUUUGAUGUUAAAGAUUGUGGAAAGAAAGAACAGAAUCCCUGGGAACAAAUGAAACAUACAGUAACUGAGAAAAUGACUUCUGAAAACUUAACUAUUUUUAGAGAUGAAGUGAGAAUAUCAAAAAGUGAGAAUUCCCCUUUAGAAAUUGCCUUUAGUCCUCCAUUGAAAGGAGGGUCCAAUUUAAAACGGUCACCAUCUUUAACGUUUUCAGAUUCAGUAUGUUUUGUUUUAGGUGAAGCAGCUCCUGGAGUCAUUCCACAGUAUAAAGAAAGGAUGCCUUCUGUCACUCAUAGUCCAGAAAUAAUGGACUCGUUGGAACUACGGCCAUUUUCCAAACCAGACAUAGCACUGACAGAAGCCUUAAGGCUUUUAGCUAAUGAAGAUUGGGAGAAGAAAAUUGAAGGACUGAAUUUGAUUAGAUGCUUAGCUGCUUUUCAUUCUGAAAUAUUGAAUACAAAGUUGCAUGAAACAAAUUUUGCAGUAGUUCAAGAGGUUAAAAAUUUACGCUCUGGAGUCUCUCGUGCUGCUGUAGUCUGUUUAAGUGAUCUUUUCACUUACCUAAAAAAGAGCAUGGAUCAAGAUCUAGAUACUACAGUAAAAGUUUUGUUACACAAGGCUGGAGAAUCAAAUACCUUUAUAAGAGAAGAUGUUGACAAGGCACUGAGAGCCAUGGUUAAUAAUGUAACUCCUGCCCGUGCAGUCAUUUCUCUUAUCAAUGGAGGACAAAGCCAUUUACAUAUUGCAGUAAGAAGAUGUACAGCCCAGCACUUAUCAGAUGUAGUAGAAUUUAUGGAACCAGAUCGUAUUUUAUCUGGAACAAAGGAUAUGGCUGAACGUUUAUUACCAGCUGCAGCUAAAUUUGCUCAAGAUAGCUCCCAAGAAACCAGGUAUUAUGGUCGAAAAUUGCUUUUCUUCAUGAUGUGUCAUCCUAAUUUCGAAAAAAUGCUUGAAAAGUAUGUCCCAUCUAAAGAUUUGCCAUAUAUUAAGGAAUCUGUUAAAAACUUACAGCAAAAGGGUUUAGGAGAGUUGCCACUAGACACUCCUUCAGCAAAAGGAAGGAGAUCUCAUACUGGUAGUGUUGGAAAUACAAGAGCAUCGUCUGUUUCUAGAGAUGCUUUCAAUUCAUCUGAAAGAGAGGUAAUGGAAGCUCGUGAAGUUCCCAGAAAAUCAACUCCUCGUAAUUCCUUAGAAAGUGCUGAAUACAUUAAAGUCAUAACAGGUUUAUUAAAUGCAAAAGACUUUCGUGAUCGUAUUAAUGGGAUUAAGCAGCUUCUAUCAGAUACUGAAAAUAAUCAAGAACUUGUCGUUGGGAACAUUGUGAAGAUCUUUGAUGCUUUUAAAUCUCGACUUCAUGAUUCCAACAGUAAAGUAAAUCUGGUGGCUCUAGAAACAAUGCAUAAAAUGAUUCCUUUACUUAGAGACAACUUAUCUCCUAUAAUCAACAUGCUAAUUCCAGCAAUAGUGGAUAACAAUCUGAAUUCCAAGAAUCCAGGCAUCUAUGCUGCUGCUACAAAUGUUGUUCAAGCCCUGAGUCAGAACGUAGAUAAUUACUUACUUCUACAGCCAUUUUGCACAAAAGCUCAAUUUUUAAAUGGAAAAGCAAAACAAGAUAUGACAGAGAAGCUUGCUGAUAUUGUUAUGGAACUUUAUCAAAGGAAACCUCAUGCCACAGAGCAGAAAGUGUUGGUUGUUUUAUGGCAUCUCUUAGGGAACAUGACAAACAGUGGCUCUCUGCCUGGAGCUGGAGGAAAUAUACGAACAGCCACAGCUAAAUUAUCAAAAGCACUUUUUGCACAGAUGGGUCAGAAUCUAUUAAAUCAGGCCGCGUCUCAACCACCACAUAUCAAAAAGAUUUUAGAGGAAUUGCUUGAAAUGACAGUUUCAAAUGAAUUAUGAAUGCUUGAUGAAAUAUGGUAUGAUAAACAAUACAGUUAACAUGAUGACUAAUGAAACUUUUUAAAGUUACAUUUUGAGUGCCUGCACUUCACAUCCAGUAAAAUAAAUCAAUGGCUAUUUUUAUUUGCAGCCUGUGAGUACACAUCUGUCCUAUAUCAACCCUACCACUUGUAUCCAUCACAAAGAAAACCGUUAUAAUUAAUAUAACCUAAAAGUCAUGAGAUCUUGAGGCAUAUGGAAUGAAUCCAGUUUUAAUGUUUUUGAGAAAAGUCCUGCCUAUUUGCACUAUUCUAAAGAAACUACAAUUUGUUGCCCUAUGUGUACAAUUAGAUUUGUAAUUAAAAAUAUACUUUUUAUUAUGUAAUCAUGUCCUGCUAUGUCUCAUUACUCAGCCUUGUUUUAUGAAGUGGAAGAAAAGUCAUUAACUAUGUUAUCACAAAUUAACUUUUGUGUGCUAUUUGUGAAUCACAUGUAUUUUUGAAUCAGACUGCUAAUAUGAUUAUGCAGUAUUAGUUUGCUGUUGCUGAUGUGUUUAUGUGAUAUAUUUGCUAACCUUUUAGGUUUAAUCAUCUGCAUAAUUGUGAAAUGUAAUAAGUUAUAAUAAAGCAUGAUGACCAAAGUUUUAGAAAACAUUAAACACUUAAGUGCACAUUUAAGAAAACGUGUUGAAUGUAAUUUCCCUAUUUUUGUGUGCAAACACUAAAUUUUAUUUCUGUAUGUUCUAACAUUUAUAAAGGUGUUAUUUUGCUGCCCAGUUGUGUAAUUCUCAAAAAUAGUGCCAGGUCUUCUAUAGUUUUUCUCAGAAUUCUUGGGCUUACAAGUACUGUAUGCAACUUAAAGAAGAAAAGGAAUGUUAUAAAAUAAAAGGAUUUAUUUCUGUA